UUCCUUCCAAGUUCUUACGCUCAAAACCCACUUCGAGUUCAUAAGGCUCAUGAAUGCCAAAAGGUUCCGAUCUCAUCCAUCCGAUUCUCAAACGAAUAUCUAACCGUUCGUUUUCCUUCUCUGUCGCUAUAAAAGUCUCUCGGUAAGAGGUGGAAGAUCCAUUUCCCUAACCGUUUCAAAAAUUUCCUCGUGGAUUACGAAUCGAGAUACCAGAAGACGAGACAGAUAGAAGAGGGAGGAGAGAGAGAGAGAGAGAGAGACAGACAGACGGACGGAGAGAAAUUACAUUACCUAACGUAAUUCUGUUCAAAAAUUUCUUCGUUUGAGAACUUCGAAUCUGUUGUUUUACCCUGGAAGAAUAAGGCUUCUAGGGUUUUUAGGGUUUUCCGUAACUCCAAAUCUCCCUCUUUCAGGAAAAAUUCUUUUCCAAUUUAGCAAUCUUAAGCAAGAAGUUGAAUCCAAAAUAUCAUUGUUUGUUUUCAUUUUAGGUUCGUUUGGUACGAUCUUGCUUUCCUAGGCGAGAUCUGGUUAUUGAUUGAGUGUGUUGAUCCGAUGAACGAUCAGUCUCAGAUGAUGAGUCAGUCUCAAAUGUUGAAUCGUAGUUAUGGAAUAUGGCCGCGGCCACCUCCGUUGCCACAGCCGCCUGAAGAUCCUGCUAAGUUUCAGAAUACUUCGCGGCAGGCUUUCUUGGGAACGAAACCUGGAAGGGGCAAUUGGAAAGGAAAAAAGGUCGUUGAUAAACGGAAAGGGCGUAAAGAGAAGGGCGUGGUCAGUGGCAACGCUAUCUUCGGUGGAGUUGGAAGUUAUAAACCCCCAACCCUCCAUGAAUUACAGUCUCGGAACCGAUUAAAAGCUCGUAGGUUCUAUCCGAAGAAGAAGUUCAGUCGUUUUGCUCCAUUUGCCCCGAGGAACACGACCUCUUUUAUAAUUCGAGCCAAGAAAUCUGGUGGGAUUGCUUCACUCGUCUCCCCCUGCCCUGUAACCCCAGCCGUUCUCCCAACUCCGAUGUUUUCACCGUCAAGGGAGGUUCUUGGUGACAUGGCCAAGGAAGAGUGGGGGGUCGAUGGCUAUGGAUCAAUGAAGGGUUUGAUCCGGCUUCGAUCGCCGGGUCAUGAAAUCCGUGAGGAGGUACGUGAUGACGAGGAAGAAGAGGAAGGAGGAGGGUCCAGCGAGAGUGAUGUGGAGGAGCAUGUUGAGGUGGAGAGAAGAUUGGAUCAUGAUUUGAGCCGUUUUGAGAUGAUUUACCCAAACUGUGGCGACGAGCAUGCGAACCUGUUGGAGAAUCGUGUGGAUGAUCAGGACACGCACAUAGCACAGCUGGAGGAGGAGAACCUGACACUGAAGGAGCGGAUUUUCUUGAUGGAGAGAGAGUUAAUGGACUUGAGGAGGAGACUGCAAUGCUUGGAGACGGGAAAUCGAGCGCAGAAUGAAAAUCACCAGGAAGCGUCUGAGAACGUAUCAGAGAAUGAAGGGGGUGGGGAUGUCUGUUCAGAGAAGAGCGUUGGCGACGGUGACUGAUUUUAAUCGUCUCGCGUUGAUGUGAGUCUCUUCUCUGUACAGAUUUUAUCUGGGGAUUCUUAUCUCUUGAUGUUUUCUGCACAAAUUUCUGUAUAUAUGACAUCUUAGGACGUUAGCUUUGUCUACUUUUCUUCCUUCUUCUGUUCUGUUUGUUAAUCUGACCAUGUUCUUAGUAAACUUCUGAACUAUAAUCCUGAUCUGAAAAACGAAAAAGGGUUACACUACUGUGUAGACCAUAGACCCGACCACCUGUUCCUCAGAUGUUACAGAUCUGUUUAUAGCAUUUUAUUAUCCCUGUUUCGAAAGGGCAAGUAAGAAACUUGUAACAAUUGCAGAUCUUGAUUCA